AUCUGCAUCCGACGCUGCCACCUCGCCAUCUGAAACCUGACACUUCUGGAUCGUCGCCGUCGACUCGCUGCAUUGGUCUGCGCCGCCGCUGCGACUCGCCUCGACCGCCGCUCUUUGUCCCCGCCCCGCCACCAUACCUCGACAACAAAGGAAGAAAUGGCCGGUGGGCCUAGUCCGAGCAGCACCAGUCCUUCCAACCUCUCCAACAGCCCUUUUCUGCACGGCUCGCUGAGCAGCUCCAACUCAUCGUCGCCACCGAAGCUGUUCGCCCAGAACACCAUGACGGCAGACGUCUUCUCGUCCUCUCACACAUACAACAACAUGAACGGCGCUAUUGGCGAGCGCCGGCCUGCCGAGCGCAACGGCCUCUCCAUGCUCUCCUUCGGCGACAUCGACUCCGCUUCCGACACCAAAACCCGACACGCCAUCUUCUUGCGCAAACUUCCCAGCAACAGCGACAAGGAAGCUGUGCGCAACAUCCUCCUCUUUGCCAAGGAUCUCGUUGACUGCGAAAUGGUGACCCAGACUCGAUACGCCGAAGACAAGGGCUUUGCAUCUGCCAUUGCCUACUUCCAGACCUACGAGGGCGCAAAGGAGGCGCGUGAUCUUCUCAAUGGCAAGCGCAAUGCCACCAAAGACGCAACUCUGAUCAUCGAGGUGCUGCCCGAUAGUCUUGGCGGCGCCAUUGGUUCGCGGCGCAAUACCGUCGAUAGCGGAUCUGCGCGACAUGGAUCCAUCGCGUCCUCCACCGGGAUCGCCAACGCGACUUCGAACGGUCGUCAAUCCUCGCGAUACAAUGGGACUUUCCAGAAUAUGGAGAAGAUGUCCCCACCCAAUGGAACUCCGGGUCUUGGCAACGGAGAGUUUGGAGUCUCCAACCUUUUCUCGCCGACGUCACCUGUACAAACCUCAUUUGCAAGCCGCAAUUUAGGCAAAUCGGUUAUCAAUGACGAGGCUGACGACGACAAUGAUCUGCUCAACGAGUCCAUUGGGUAUGCUACUGGAGCGCCAUCAGGACAAUCCAACAUGUCGCGCAGAGCAACGAACCCAAAUCCGUCGAUCCCAGUUUCUCGCUUCGCGUCCCUAUCGCUGAACACGAACAGUGUCAAUGGUAUGGGCUCACCACCACUAAACAACUACACAUCUCCUCGAUCUGCGGCUACGAUGCAGUCCCCUGGGCCGGCUCUUUCGGCAAUGUCGCCCCACAACGUGCCGUCUGCUUUGAGCAACGGAUCUAGCACGGGCUUUCAGCAGUACUCGUCGCACUUUGCUCGACCAACGUAUCCUCCGGUCAAUCCUGCCGACCAGAACCCACCCUGUAACACGCUCUAUGUUGGCAACUUGCCCAUGGACACGUCUGAGGAUGAGCUCAAGGCUGUAUUUUCUAAGCAACGUGGGUACAAGCGCCUAUGUUUCCGCACAAAGCAGAAUGGUCCCAUGUGCUUUGUCGAGUUCGAGGACACAUCAUUCGCUACCAAGGCUCUGAACGAGCUGUACGGAUACAUGCUGCACAAUAGCGUCAAGGGUGGAAUUCGACUGAGUUUUUCCAAGAAUCCUCUUGGUGUUCGCAGCGGACAGCACGCCAGCAUGGGCUCGGCGUCAUCCAUCGCUCCGAGUACCCCCCUUUCCGGAUUUGGCAGCGGCGUUGGAGCCCCUCCUGGCUUCUCGACGGCCACUGGACCACCACCCGGUCUAUCCGCUCCACCAGGCCUUGCGAACCACUCGAACCAGUCACAUGCAAGCGGCAACAACGGUUUCGGCAUGUACGCCAACGGCGGGUUCGGUAUGGGUCCAAACGAGAUGUCCAGUGGCAUGCGCCAACCCAUGGCCACAGGUGGUAACGGCUUCGGAGGCAUGAGCGGAAGCUACUCUGCCUACAUGAUGGGUCGUUAGAGGCGACGGUACCAGUGAUGUCGCCGCCAUGAUUGAUGAGGAGUUUGGGGGUGCAUCGAUCACUAAGCAUACACGAGAUGUAUGCUGCAUAUUUGUUGCGUUAUAUCCUGUCACUUCGGUUACAUUGC